AUGGAAAAAAAAUGUGUGCUCUUCGUUGAAACAGGAGGAAGCCCAAAAAGAGAAGUCGCUGGAAGGAAAGAGAAGGUACUCCGUUCAAGUUGUCUUUUCCCUCGUGGUAAACACAGAGCAUUAAUAAAUUCGAAACGGAAUGUUAUCAAGCCCCCAUUCCAGGUGCCGCCGCCGCCGCCGCCGCCGCCGCCUUCGUCGCGGUCACUGGAGAAAUCGGGCACAUCGUCUGCGAAAUCUGCGCCAUCGGAGGCGGAGUUGACGGAUGCCUUCCAGGCGGCGGGGCAAGAGAUGCUGCGACAACUCGACGAUUCAUUCCCCAUCGUCCGCAAGCCUCGUACACCGAGAUCGAAGGCGAGAUCCGAGAUCCAGCUCCCGGCGUCGUUCGAGCACCGCUCUCAGCCGCGUCCCACGGCGAUCUUUCUUCUUGGCCGGUUCCGCGUCGGCCCAUGGGCCGAGCCGACCCGGCCAGUACUUGUUUACGAUUAUAUCAGAAAACUGAAUCAGGCCGGACGGAAUCACAACCGGCCCGGCUCGAUUUUCACUUUUCUCGCUGCCACAGAACAGAUCCUGUGUCUCCCUUUUAAUUCGACAGAAAAAUUAAACAAAAAAUGCUUUAAUUCAAAGCAAUAUAUCGUCUGAAGCAUCGAUCAACACUUGAUUUGCGCAUUAGUUUAUGUUUGAUAAAUUCAAGAAUU